AUGGCCUUCACAGUCAACUCCAAGUCUAAAAGUCUACAUGUCCAUUCUAAUGGGGCCGUGCCCACCCGAGAAGCCCACACUCGCAAGGUCUUGGGGGUCCGGGGCUCCGCGCGGCUGCCCGAGAGCCGACCGGGGACCGCCAGGGGGCGGGAGGGAGCAGCUGGCCCGGCACCUCCCCGCCUCGUUCCCCUCCCCCGACCCGCCGGCCACUCACGGAUUUUCACUCGGCGGUGGUCGAGGCGCGCGGCGGCGGCGUGCAGGGCGUCGAGGCGGCGGUGCAGCCCGGCGGUGCGGUGGCCCAGCGCGGCCGCCUGGCCCCGCCCCUCGUCGGCGCGGGGCGCGAGGGCGCAUCCAACACAAAGGAAAAGUCCGGGCAGCGGCGGGGCGCCGCGGGGCAGCCUGGUGGCUCCUGCCGCGGGGAGGAGGCGAGGCGGGCGGGAAGGACGGACCGACGGACGCGCGGGCGGCCGGGCGGCGAGGCAGAGGAGCCUGGGCAGCCGCGGGGAAGGGCUCCGGAGGGUCGGAGCCGCGGCUGCCUGGCACCCAGCGGCGUCCUCCCACCGCCGGGGUGCCCGGGCCGCGCGGCGAGAGGAAGUUCGAGGAGCAGCUCCCGGGCGCGGGGCGCGGUGGCCGCGGUGGCGAGUGGAGACGGGAGUCCCGCUCAAGUUUGCAGGGAGGCAGGAAAGAGCCGGCGGCUCCUUCCCUCCCUCCCGAUUGGAGAGGGAGGAGGAAGCGGGGGAAGUGCCGCCGACACCGGGCGAGAGGGAGGGGAGGCGAAAGAAAGGAAAGGGGGAGGAGAAAAGGGCCGGCCCGGGGAACCACCUGCGGCUCUCGCGGCCGCCGCGCCCAGCGCCUGAGGGGAGCUGGCGGCCCCGCGUCUCCGCGCUGCGUGCUGCAGCGGGCACGGCCGCGCAGUCCCGGGGCUCCCACGUCGCCGCCUCACUUCCCUCCAAAGCCCACGGGUGUUUGGGUCGAGCCAUCGCCCGCCCCCGGGGCCCGGCGCGGAGAGGGGUGGAGCGCAGCGAGGGCGCCGCGGAGGCGGAGGCGCCGGGAACUGCGCGGCGAACCCCGCUUGGCUGCUCACCUGCGCUCCGGCCCCCGGCGGCCGUGAGUCGAGCGCGCCCCGCCGCUCUAGGAACGCCCCGGGGCCUCUGAGGGUCUCCCAGCCCCACCUUGGAAGUCGGCCAAGGCUUCUGGCCGCUUGGGUGGCCCUAAAGGAGAACAUCGUGAAAUCGCACAGUGGCCUGGGGUUCUGUAGGUGACUAGGAGUCCACGUCCCAAUUGGAUAAAACCUCGGAGGACCUCUUUCCUGAGGGGCUUUCAAAGGCUGAAUUGAAACUAUGUGUAACCAGAACACGGAAUAAGUGGGAUUCAUGGAGAGUACCCAUUAGGUAAGUUUUGUUGCCUGGUGUCCCAUUCAAGGAGGGCAGUUCUUCAACUGAAUGACAACUCAAGGAGUCCCACAACUAUCUUGUUCUCUUGGGUAAUAGAAAACCCUACUGUUACUCUAAAAGAUAAGACAUGCUGUCAAUUCAGUAAUUAAAAUCUUGCUCCUUUCCCUGCAAGCAUUUCCUCGGGGCAGAAGUCAGGGCAAGGCACUUUCUUUGCUCCUGCUCCUUCUCACCCUGUCCUGGCCAGCUUGCUAACAAUAAUACGGAGAGGGAGAAGUGGCAGGGCAGGGAAGUUUGUGCUAGACCAGCACUCUGACAAAAGGGUAUCACACCCUCUGAGCCUGGUGGAUAUUUGAAGCUGAAUUUUCCGUGAAUACUUUUGUGGUGCCGUACUGGGAAUGUCUGACCAUACUUCCUGAGAUACAGCCAGUGAAU